AGCACCCUCUAAGUGCAACAGUUGUCUGAUGAUCGCACGCAGAUACUGUCAUUUAUCAUCAGCUUCGUCACCAUCAUCACGAUUUUCCCUUGAUCGAGCUAGGAUUUCUCAUACUCCAUCUCUCUCUCGUGUUGUAAAAGGCCGAACGGUUUCUGGAAUUUCCUCGCGAAAUGGAGUCACUGUGCUUUCACGAUGGCAACAUUACCGACAUGAUCAAUAUCCGUACUCUCGACAUCCGCCAUGACACUGGCCAUAGAUUUCAAAUGCACUCCUCUUUGGUACGGAGGCUGUCCUUAGAAAGGGAAUUAGAGGGGCAUCAAGGUUGCGUCAAUACUAUUGCUUGGAAUUCAAGAGGGUCACUUUUGAUAUCUGGAUCUGAUGAUACGAAAAUGAAUAUAUGGAACUAUUCAAACCACAAGCUACUGCACAGUAUUGAGACUGGCCAUUCAGCAAAUAUAUUCUGCACAAAAUUUGUCCCUGAAACAUCGGAUGAGCUAGUUGUUUCUGGAGCCGGGGAUGCUGAAGUUCGGCUUUUUCACUUGUCUCAUUUAAGGGGAAGAGGUCUUGAUGAGAAUUCUAUCAGCCCAUCAGCAGUGUUUCAGUGCCACACUCGAAGGGUCAAAAAAUUAGCUGUUGAGAUUGGAAACCCAAAUGUUGUAUGGAGUGCAAGUGAAGAUGGAACUUUGAGGCAACAUGAUUUUCGAGAGGGUGCUUCCUGCCCUACUCCUGGUUCUUCUCAUCAAGAAUGCCGUAAUAUUCUUCUUGACUUGCGCUGUGGAGGUAAGAAGUCAUUGGCUGAUCCGCCUAAGCAAUUUUUUGCUUUAAAGUCUUGUGAUAUCAGCUUGACUAGGCCCCAUUUGCUUCUUGUUGGUGGGAGUGAUGUUUUUGCUCGUUUGUAUGAUAGAAGAAUGCUGCCACCAUUGUCCUCUAGUCAGAAAAAGUUGGCACCUCCUUCAUGUGUCAAUUAUUUCUGUCCAAUGCAUCUCUCUGACCGUGGUCGUUCUAGCUUGCAUCUAACUCAUGUUACGUUUAGUCCCAAUGGUGAAGAGGUUCUGCUUAGCUACAGUGGCGAGCAUGUGUACUUGAUGGAUUUAAAUCCUACACGAAGUUCUAUGCGGUAUUCCUCUAGUGAUGUUGCUAAACUUAUGAACUUUAAUGCUGUUAUCAAGGAGGUGGAGUUGCAGUCAUCAGUAACUGGUAUCUUUUUAAAUGUAUCUUCACUAAGAAGUCAAGCCACUGCCAAGCUUGAUAAGUGCAGAAAGUUGAUUCAGACUGCAGAAAAAUCACUGAAAGAAGGCAAAAAGUAUUAUUAUGGUAUUGAAGCCUGUAAUGAAGUCUUGCAUGGUUAUGGGGAUGAAAUAGGACCUAUGCUAACUUAUGAGUGUCUAUGCAUUCGAGCCGCCUUAUUGCUCAAGAGAAAGUGGAAAAAUGAUGCACAUAUGGCUAUAAGAGAUUGUCAUAAAGCUAGAAAGAUUAAUUCAACUUCAUUCGGGGCACUACUUUUGAUAGCUGAAGCUCUGUUACAGUUAGGAAAACAUAAAGAAGCUCUUGAGUUUGCUAUUUGUGCUCAGUCAUUGGCUCCUUCUGGUACUGAAGCUGCAGAAAAGGUCGAGAAUUUAAAAAAGCAUAUCACUUCAGCUGAAGCGGAGAAAACUAACAAGGAACAUGGAGAAUUUAAAUCUGAACCUGAGGUUGGGCGGGUGUUGUCAUUGAGUGACAUACUCUAUCGUUCAGAUGCAAAUAGUGAUGUUUCACAAGAUGGUCCAAGGUCCGAGAGAGAAGAUUCUGAUGAAGAGGAUCUGGAAUUGGCUUUUGAAACCUCAGUAAGUGGGGAUGAAUCACAUGAUACUGAGCCUAAUUUAAUUCAAGGAGGUUUGAAUUUGAGGUUUCAUACUAGAGGUGAUUCAAGUAUGGAGAACAGAAGGAAUGGUUCUUGUGGGUCACCAACAUCAUUGUGCCAAGAUCCAAAAGUGUCCUACCAGCCUGAGGCAGUGAUAGAUAUGAAACAGAGAUACAUUGGUCACUGUAAUGUAGGCACUGAUAUAAAACAAGCUAGUUUUCUUGGCCAAAGUGGUAUGCCUGGCUUUUUAUUUGAUAUGUUAGUUGAGAUUGGAAACCCAAAUGUUGUAUGGAGUGCAAGUGAAGAUGGAACUUUGAGGCAACAUGAUUUUCGAGAGGGUGCUUCCUGCCCUACUCCUGGUUCUUCUCAUCAAGAAUGCCGUAAUAUUCUUCUUGACUUGCGCUGUGGAGGUAAGAAGUCAUUGGCUGAUCCGCCUAAGCAAUUUUUUGCUUUAAAGUCUUGUGAUAUCAGCUUGACUAGGCCCCAUUUGCUUCUUGUUGGUGGGAGUGAUGUUUUUGCUCGUUUGUAUGAUAGAAGAAUGCUGCCACCAUUGUCCUCUAGUCAGAAAAAGUUGGCACCUCCUUCAUGUGUCAAUUAUUUCUGUCCAAUGCAUCUCUCUGACCGUGGUCGUUCUAGCUUGCAUCUAACUCAUGUUACGUUUAGUCCCAAUGGUGAAGAGGUUCUGCUUAGCUACAGUGGCGAGCAUGUGUACUUGAUGGAUUUAAAUCCUACACGAAGUUCUAUGCGGUAUUCCUCUAGUGAUGUUGCUAAACUUAUGAACUUUAAUGCUGUUAUCAAGGAGGUGGAGUUGCAGUCAUCAGUAACUGGUAUCUUUUUAAAUGUAUCUUCACUAAGAAGUCAAGCCACUGCCAAGCUUGAUAAGUGCAGAAAGUUGAUUCAGACUGCAGAAAAAUCACUGAAAGAAGGCAAAAAGUAUUAUUAUGGUAUUGAAGCCUGUAAUGAAGUCUUGCAUGGUUAUGGGGAUGAAAUAGGACCUAUGCUAACUUAUGAGUGUCUAUGCAUUCGAGCCGCCUUAUUGCUCAAGAGAAAGUGGAAAAAUGAUGCACAUAUGGCUAUAAGAGAUUGUCAUAAAGCUAGAAAGAUUAAUUCAACUUCAUUCGGGGCACUACUUUUGAUAGCUGAAGCUCUGUUACAGUUAGGAAAACAUAAAGAAGCUCUUGAGUUUGCUAUUUGUGCUCAGUCAUUGGCUCCUUCUGGUACUGAAGCUGCAGAAAAGGUCGAGAAUUUAAAAAAGCAUAUCACUUCAGCUGAAGCGGAGAAAACUAACAAGGAACAUGGAGAAUUUAAAUCUGAACCUGAGGUUGGGCGGGUGUUGUCAUUGAGUGACAUACUCUAUCGUUCAGAUGCAAAUAGUGAUGUUUCACAAGAUGGUCCAAGGUCCGAGAGAGAAGAUUCUGAUGAAGAGGAUCUGGAAUUGGCUUUUGAAACCUCAGUAAGUGGGGAUGAAUCACAUGAUACUGAGCCUAAUUUAAUUCAAGGAGGUUUGAAUUUGAGGUUUCAUACUAGAGGUGAUUCAAGUAUGGAGAACAGAAGGAAUGGUUCUUGUGGGUCACCAACAUCAUUGUGCCAAGAUCCAAAAGUGUCCUACCAGCCUGAGGCAGUGAUAGAUAUGAAACAGAGAUACAUUGGUCACUGUAAUGUAGGCACUGAUAUAAAACAAGCUAGUUUUCUUGGCCAAAGUGGUGAUUAUAUUGCUAGUGGGAGUGAUGAUGGUAAAUGGUUCAUCUGGGAAAAAAAAACUGGCAGGCUUGUAAAAAUGCUUCAUGGAGAUGAAGCUGUUGUAAAUUGUAUACAGUGUCAUCCAUAUGAUUGUGUUGUGGCUACUAGUGGGAUUGACAACACCAUAAAGAUUUGGACUCCAAUUGAUUUGGUAUCUUCCAGUGUGUCUGGUCAAGUAGGACCAGAGACUUCAAAUAUUCUAGAUGCUAUGGAAAACAAUCAGCGCAAAAUAUGCCGUACUCGCGAAACAAUUCUGCCUUUUGAAUUUCUGGAUAGGUUCAGGAUGAGAGAGUUUGCAGAAGGUGGCAUGCAGCCAUUUGAAUGCACACAGGGUUAAUCUUUAUCCACAAGAUUGAUGUGGAAACCGGUAAGUAGUGCGUGCUUAUGCAUGAGAGUGAAAGUUUGCCAGGUUGGGUUCGCAAGUUAAUUGUGCUUUUACUUCAUUGUAAUUAAUUGAGUCUGAUUGUUUUGGUCAUUGUACGUACGUAUGUAAAUAUAUUUUUCGUCAUAUUUCUGAAUUAGAGGGUGGUUCUCAUAUAGAACCCUAGAGGCCUCGUCUCUUCCAACAUUUAUUCGGUCCAAUAAUAAAUGUAGAACUCUAAACGUCGUGGCUCUCAUACCAAUAAUAAGUCUAUAUAUAUAUUUUUUA